UUAUUUUCAGUGCCAGAUCCAUGGUUGCCCCCCAAAACAUGACAUCAUCUUUGGACGAGACAUCCAUGAACCCUUACUUUAUAACGGUCUACAGUCUGGUGUUCCUAGUGGGUUUACUCCUCAAUGGCUUUACAUUGAAGGUCUAUCUUUGUCGAGAUUGGCCUGAGGUAUCCAACAGCUUGAUGGUCUACUUGAAGAACCUGACAGCUGCUGACUUCCUGCUCUGUCUCUGUCUGCCACUCCGCAUUACCUACUAUGCCAGCAGCUCUCCCAUCAUUCUUAGGCUGUACUGCAGCGUUGGAGCUUCUGCCUUAUUCAUUAACAUGUGUGCCAGUAUACUAUUCAUGGGGUACAUCGCUGCCAACAGGUAUCAAGGGAUCAUCCAUCCUUCAGGAACUCACAUGCUGCAGACAGUGCAAACUGCACGAAUCAUCUCUGUCAUCACCUGGGUUUUUCUCCUGGCUCCAACAGUCGUCUAUGUUAUCAUUUUUUUCAGCUCCCAGGAACCUCUGACCUUUAAUCCUAGCCGCUGCGUUCACCUGUUUACUCCAUCAGUCAGCCUGCUGUUCAGAAUUCUCCACACCUUCUCUGCAGUCAUCUUCCUCUUGGUCUUCAUAUCGCUGGUCUUCUUCUACUACAGCAUCUUCCGCAGGGUGUUGGAGGCGCAGCAGAAGCAGCUGACCUCCUCUGGCUCUGAGAAGCUGCUGAAGUAUCGCAGGAACGUGUUGGUGCUGGUCAGCGUCUUCUGUGUUUGCUUUGUCCCAUUUUACCUGGUUCAUCUUCCCUUUACAUUUCUGUGGAGCGAUGACUCCGUAGGUCCAGUAUCCUUCUACCUGAAGGAGGUGGCCACCAUGGUGUCAGUUUUCAACAUCUGCCUGGACCCUGUUGUUUACUUUUUCCUCAGCAAUACUUUUGGGGAGAAGGUGAGAGCCAAACAUCCGACUACAAACGAGGAGAAUAAGAGCAGCAAGGACAAGCUGGACAUCAUUACAUUAGGACAAGUGACUCGAACCAGUUAGUUGUGAGAACAUUUACAUUUUAUGCACAGAUUUCAAUUCGUUUUGAGUGAGAUGAAAACAGUGUCAUGGACCGAUAUCCUCAGAAACCACAAGUCAGAUAUCAAAACAGAGCUAAAGACAACACAGAAACAUUCCCACAUAGAUGGUAUUGAAGAUGCCAUGAGUGUUUAUGUUUCUAGUUUUCAGGAAUAAGCCAAAUGAUGAUUUAGCAUGAAUGAAAUUAACCAGUCUGUGGUCAAAUUCAUACGUCAUGGUUCUGGCUCUUUGACUCAUAUGAGUUACUGAUUUAGUUUUAUACAACUUAGUAUUGACUUUUUAUGUCACUGAGUAUAUUUGCGAUUUCUGGUUUAUGUUCUUAGGUUACCUUUGUGCCUUUGUCUUCAUCUAUGUGUCCUUCUCUCCCUCGCUAUGUGUGUGUCUUCCUUGCUCUCCAGCUCCUAAUUGUGUCCUAUUUUUCUGUCUCCCUCUUUUGUUCCCAUGCUUCCCCUUUUUUGUUUCCUUCCUUGUCCCCCUUCUAUGUCUUUUUAGGGCUGGUUACCGUCACUGAUUUCUAGAAUCGAUUCAAUUCCGAUCCACAAGGUCCCGAAUCGAUUCUAUCCACAAUUCAAUUCGAUUCGAUUCAGGGAAUUUUUUCCUCAGUCAGAAAUAUUUUAAUUCUGAUCACGUAUCAGUACAUUUCCUUAUUAUUAUAUCUAUAAAAAAAAAAACCUUUGAUACUUGCGACAC